AUGGCUGAAGAACUCGCACGUCGGUACGGCGUCGGCUUGUUCAAGAAACACAUCGCGCAGUACGAACCGUCUGACCCGAUGUACGAGACCUACGUGGACAAGAAAGGGCGCACGAAGCGCCGGAGGCGCGCCGUCCCACCGGGGUUGUCAGCACGGGAUACCAAGAUCUUGAAGAGCGUGCAGAGGAGAGCGCAUUAUCUAGAUAAAGGGAUGAACCUGUGUGGAUUCCGAGUCGGGUGGACAUUCUGGAUCGGCCUUGUACCAGGAGCAGGCGACGUCGCGGACGCAGCGCUCAACUACUUCCUCGUGGUGAAAAAAGCGCGCCAAGCCGAAAUCCCAGACUGGCUCGUCACCCGCAUGCUGAUCAACAACGCCAUCUCCGCGGGGAUAGGACUCGUCCCUCUUGUGGGGGACAUCGCGCUCGCGACGUGGAAGGCGAACUCGAGGAACGCGGCGCUGUUGGAGGAGUUCUUGAGAGUAAGAGGACUGCAUUUUAUAGAGGAGCAGGCACACUCGGAAGUCCGACCAGGGUAG